AUGGCGGCCCGGCGCCUCCUCUUCCUCCAAAGUUGCCGCAGCUACUCUACCUCAGCCUCAGCUGAGGACAUGGUCAUCUCCUCCCUCCGCUUCCUCCCCUCCCCUACCAUUGCCAAUCCACCUCCACUCCCUACUAUUCUUCAUUCUACCGACUCUCCUCCUGACCCCCAUACACCGCUUACCUCCAUACUCCUAUCUGCCGCAGAUCGCCUCCGUGGGGUCUUCCUCCGCAAGCCCCCUGGCCGCACUGCGCUCCACCAGGCGCUAUCCUCCACAGGCAUUGGCGCUACCAUGGCGCUCUCACCAGAUGUUCUUGCCAAUGUUGUCAACGCCGGCGACCUCAAUGGUGCCGCCACCAUCACUUUCUUCGAUUGGGUGGUCACUAACUCCAAGCCUCCCCCAUCCGUCCACACCUGCAACAUUGUCAUCAGGGCAUUGGGGAGGAAGAAAUUCUUUCAUUUUCUGGAUGACGCCCUUCAGAUCAUGCGCAGAAACAACAUCUUUCCAGACCUGACCACGCUGGAGGUCAUCAUUGAUAGCCUAGUUGCCGCCAGGCAUGUCAGUAGGGCUGUUGAGGUGCUCAGUACCGACCAAUUUGGAUUUGGGAUUGGGAAAGCCUGCCACAGAAAGGAGGCAUUUACUGUCCUCAUCAGGUGUCUUUGCCGGAGGUCACAUGUUGGUCUUGCUAGCUCGCUCUUGCAGGCUGCUCGUAAGGAGUUGCUUGGUCUUGAUAGCGAUGUGUACAAUGAUGUCAUGGGUGGCUGGGCGAGGUUUGGGAGUGUUGAUAAAUUGCAGGAGGUUUGGACAAAGAUGCAGGAGGAUGGGCUGGUUCCAAAUGAGGUUUCACAUUGCCAUCUAAUUGAGGGAUUGGGUAGAGCCGGGCAGACUGAGGACGCACUCAGAGAGUUUAAGAAUAUGGUACAUGGGAGAUAUGGUCCAACUACGAUGGCCUACAAUGCACUUAUUUUCAAUUUUAUUUCCGUUGGGGAUUUGGACAGUUGCAUCAAGUAUUACAAGGAUAUGUUGGAAAAGAAUUGUCCCCCAAACAUCAACACAUACUCCAAGAUGAUUAAAGCCUUUUUGAGAGGCCGCAGGGUAGCUGAUGCACUCCACAUGUUUGAUGACAUGUUGGCCCAAGGAGUUGUGCUAAAUACCGGGAUGAUAACAUCAUUUAUCAAUCCAUUGUGUACAUUUGGACCGCCUCACGCUGCUUUGAUGAUUUACAAAAAGAGUAGGAAAGCUGGUUGUGUAAUAUCCUUGAAAGCUUAUAAGCUUUUGCUAGAAAGGCUCGCUAAAUUUGGGAAGAGUGGAAUUGUUUUGGACAUUUGGGAAGAGAUGCAGGAGUGUGGACAUCAACCUGAUAAGGAGAUUUACGAGUUUAUUGUAAAUGGGCUCUGCAAUGUGGGUAAGGUUGAUGCUGCUGUGUCUGUGGUGGAGGAAUCACUUAGGAAUGGCUUCUGUCUUGGGAGAGUUGUUUACAGCAAACUGAACAACAAGCUGUUGGAGAUGGACAAAGUUGAGACCGCAUAUAAUUUGUUCAAGAAAGUUGUCCUGCAAGCAACAUCAAGUGGCCUAGCAAUUCAAGUUGAGCAGAACGGCGAUGGAGGAUGUGAGCUGCAGCACUUGAAGGUCAAAAUGACAGCUGCAGGAGACCAGCACAGCCCCGAAUCCACCGCGCUCCCGCGCCUUCGGCUCCCCGUCGCUCCUCCGCCGCGUCCCGUCCUCCGCACGCUCAAGUUUCCUAUGUCUGGGAUGGCAUCUGAUGAUGCACCUGCCCAAGUGAGUGUUGAAGGAGAUGUUUCAGAUAAAAAGGUGGAAGAAGUUCAAGACCAGAAUGAAGUGGGUGGGAUGCCCUCACGACAAGAGGAAGAGGCGGUAAUUAAGAAAAAGUAUGGAGGAAUAUUGCCCAGAAAGACUCCACUUAUAUCUAAGGACCAUGAACGAGCUUACUUUGAUUCUGCUGAUUGGGCUCUAGGAAAGCAAGGUGGUGUUCCCAACAAGCCUAAAGGUCCUCUUGAAGCACUUCGACCAAAGCUUCAGCCUACUCAACAGAAUGCCCGUGCCCGUCGAACUUCUUAUGCAUCUGCGGACAGUGAUGAGAGUUUGAACUUGUCUCCUGAGGAUCUGGUCCCGCAAGGAGAGCCCAGCCAGCAAGGAGAACCCGUCGAGGACAAGAACAAAGAAUAA